AUGGCGGCUACUUGUUUUCGGCGCGCUGCUGCUCUGCUGGUACUGGUAGCAGCAGCAGCCGUCGUGGCCCUGCAGGCGGCGGCCGGCGACGUCGAGCCACUCGAGGGCAGGUACCCGCCGCUGGCGCCGGGCCUGUCGUUCGACUUCUACAAGAAGAGCUGCCCGAAGGCGGAGUCCAUCGUGCGGGAGUUCCUGUCGUCAGCGGUGCGGCAGAACGUAGGGCUCGCCGCGGCGCUGAUCCGGCUCCACUUCCACGACUGCUUCGUGCAGGGCUGCGACGCCUCCGUCCUGCUGGACUCCACGCCCACCCAGCCCAGCGAGCAGCUGUCGCCGCCCAACCUCACGCUCCGCCCCGCCGCGUUCAAGGCCGUCAACGACAUCCGCGCGCGCCUCGAGCAGGCCUGCGGCCGCGUCGUCUCCUGCGCCGACAUCGUCGCGCUCGCCGCCCGUGAAUCCGUUGCCCUGGGUGGCGGUCCGGCGUACAAGGUGCCACUGGGCAGGCGAGACGGGCUGGCGCCGGCGUCGAACGCGACCGUCCUUGGCGCGCUCCCAUCGCCGAAGUCCAAGGUGCCAACGCUGCUGUCCUUCCUGGCGAAGAUCAACCUGGACGUGACGGACCUAGUGGCGCUGUCCGGCGGCCACACCGUGGGCAUCGCGCACUGCAACUCCUUCGACAACCGCCUCUUCCCGACGCAGGACCCGACGCUGAACAAGUUCUUCGCGGGGCAGCUGUACGGGACGUGCCCGACCAACACGACGGUGAACACCACGGUGAACGACGUCCGGACGCCCAACACCUUCGACAACAAGUACUACGUGGACCUGCUCAACCAGGAGGGGCUGUUCACGUCGGACCAGGACCUGUUCACCAACGCCACCACCAGGCCUAUCGUGACAAAGUUCGCCGUCGACCAGAACGCCUUCUUCGAGCAGUUUGUAUACUCGUACGUCAAGAUGGGGCAGAUCAACGUGCUCACGGGGUCCCAGGGACAGGUCCGCGCCAACUGCUCCGUGCGCAACGCCGGCGCUGGUGGAGAUGAGCUGCCGUGGUCCGUCGUCGAGACCGUCGUCGACGCCGCCGGUAGCCUCGUGCUCUAG